AUGGCUCCUGGACUGAACCACCUCCUGGACCCUCAAACGACGGACUGGGUCGACGGUAGAAGCCCACCAGCUUUGGGCGACAGCGAAGAUGACGAGAUGGCACAACUAGAGAGAACGUAUCAGCAGAGUCAGAUCCGAGCUGGGGAGGAGGUCGAGUUAUUUGGCAAAUGGCUGGAUGAAUGCACCCUACGCAGAGGGUCACCCGCUGAGAAGCGCGCAAGAAUAUUCAAGCUCGUGAAGCACUACCAUGAAUACUACCAAGACAAAGCGAACAACCUAAGAGAACGGCGGAGACUGAAUAAAGCUGCAAGAGGAGGUUCCACACAUGGUACGGACAUGGACCUCGACGAGGAUGAGGACAGGCAAGUCGGGGAUGACUCUGUCGAGCUGCGAAGGUGGGAGACAGAAGCUCAGACAUGGGACCUCCUACGCCGACUUUUGCCCCUUAGGCAUCGAGAAUUCUCUCCGCCGCAAGCAUCAGCCAAAGGAAGUAAGGCACCGAGGUCACGGAAACAGUACUGGGAUGACUUUCUGCUGUCAGAUUCAACAGCAAGCGAGAGGCAGGCAGUGCUGAAAUGGUUGCAGUCUAAUGCGAGCACCGGUCCUGAUAUUGAUGAUCUAGUGGAGGAAUUCCAGCAGAAGGCGGAGAGAGGCGACUUUAUCACACACGGCUGGCUACAUACCAGGACGGACAUCAAACAGAUAAAACGGAUGAACGCUUGGCCACACGUGCUCGAUCCCCAGAAUCCCGAAUUGUCAGACUUCUCUACCGUCACACAGCUCGAUCCCGAUGCAAUGACGAGACAGGGCAGGAAGCUCAAACCACAAGACGAGUUCUUCGAGCGAGCAAUCUGGCUUGGCUGCUUCGAGUUAUUGCGACGCGGCCAGAGCAUAGAUGAAAUCCGAGAUUGGUGUCUUGUCCGUACCGAGGCUUGGAGGGCUUCCGCGAUGUCCGCUCUGCCUCUGUCCCUCUGGGAUGAUGACGACCAACCUAAUUUCGACCCUACAUCGGUGGUUCUCUGGAGACGAAUGUGUUAUGCAUUGGUCAAACAAGGCGGUACAGAUGAUUUUGAAAGAGCGGUCUAUGGUCUUCUGUCGGGCGAUAUUACGAGUGUUGAGAAAGUCUGCAAGACAUGGGACGACUUUCUUUUCGCCAACUACAACGCGCUUCUGCGGACACAAUUCGACUCCUAUCUUAUUGAGCAGUCAGCAUCCGAAGCUGUUGCUUCAAUUGCUCAUUCGAUGCCAGCGUUUAACGCCUUGCAAUAUCACGGCGAGGCAGGUGGUACGGUGGCCAAACGCCUCGUUACAACACUGGAAAACGACAAGAGGACCUUGGCCGAGGCUAAGACGGUCACUAAAGCUGUUCAGGGUGCAAUUCUAGCCAACGACUUGGACGCAUAUUUCUUCCACCAAGGACAGACCUUGUCGUCCGCUGCGAAUGAGCGAGAAAAGUCACAUCUCUUAACUGACUUUAACCUCAGCCUUGGUCUGGGGAAAUCAGACCCGGCAAAAUAUGCCACUUUGCAGGAUCAUGAUUCACUACGAAUUAUUGCACAUAUCCUCAUAAUUAACCAGGCGUUGAAGACCGUCGAUGCCCCAGAUCAUGACCGUCGAGGCUCGAGCAUUUUCCAACCCCGUCUUCAAACACAAGAGCACAUCCUUGUGAGCUACAUUAGCUUUCUUCGUUUAGCUGGUCUGGAUGACAUGAUCCCCCUUUACUGUUCGAAGCUCUCGGGUUCCAGGCCGUACUCGAUAUUGAGCAGAAAUCUCAUUCAUAUUACCGAUAGAGACGACCAAAUUACUAAGCUCAAUCUGAUUGCCAGGUUAGGGCUAGACAUUCAUACCUUCUUACAACAACAUCCGCAGAAUUUCCUCUCCGAGAUAACCGACGUCUCCGGCACCUUUCCAGCCAAGGGCGCUUUCAAGAUCUUAUCCAAUGAUCCUGCUUCAAUCAGGUAUGGUAGGAUCUUGAAGGAAGACUUCAUGGAUGAGCCCUGGGACCAGAUCCAGCCUCUAGAUGAGAAUCUUAUACGGUCUAUUGAAUGGCUCAACCUCGACAGCGGACUUCUUCUUGAUACUUGUGAAUAUGGCAUCCAAAUUUACAAGUACUUCUUGAAACAUAUGCAUCUCGACGCGGCUCGCACUUUCCAGACUCGAGCACCCGUAGUGGAGAUCAUCAGGCUGAAAACGGGCAAGGAUGUUGUUGAGGGCUCAGAUGCUACGUGGAUCGAGGAGAUAUUUGCGGAUCCUGUGGCACAUGAUCAAGUGCCAGAUGACGGCGGUAUUGCAGAGUUCGGCGCCUCACGAGCUCGAGUCAAAGGAGCUGUGCGAAACAUGUGGGAAUUGGAGUGCCUUGUCAAGGCUCUUGAUGCUAUCGAGACAGUGUCCGGGAUUGCCCAGCUUGUGAGGGAAAAUCCGGAUAACCAGGAUAAGAACCUCUUUAAUGAACUUGGCCUGGUUGUCAAGAACGUAAAACUCUUUAUGAAGCCCCUUUUGAAGAAUUGGUUGCUGUUCAGCAAUGAAGACGAUGACGACUUCCAGAAUAUCAGAGAAGCAUAUCUCAUAGAGGCAAUCAUGGGCUAUGUCAGUGCCCUUCAUUUUGCGGGCAUGAGUCUGUCUAGAGACUUCUUGCUAGAGUGCAUGGAGCUGGCAGCAAAGAUAGCCCAGAAGGACUCGGAUGUCGCCCAACUGUUCGUGAAAACGGGGCGGAUGAAGGAGUUGGUGGAGGCGUUUGCGUCUUGCAGCAAGGCGCUCGCUAUCUGGACUGUUGAUCACAAAAAGGGCUCGCAAACGACACCAAAGAAAUUCCGUGAGACAGGAUGGUCUCGGGAGUUGUGGUCGGUCAAGCCAUGA